UAACGACUUGGGUGAUUGACAUUUUGACUGUUUUUCAAAUAGCAAACAGACUUAAAAGUCUAUGCUUCCAGCAUGAGAUGUACCAGUGAAGGUUUUAUAAAACACACCAACUUGUACUUUUGAAAAAGUUAUUCUGAACAUGGCUGAUAAGGCAAUCAUUGUCUGAACCGUUCUCUCUCAGGAUUUAAAAGUUAAUUCUCCUGACUAAAGAGCAAACAUUUCUUUACCUGUGAGUUUUAAGAAUUUGUUGUCCUAACAAAAUGUGCAUCUUUUAUUUUAUAUUUUUCUCAAUCCUCAUGACCUAUCUGCUUGACCUCGUGCCUUAAACAUAGGAAGAAUUUAUGUGCUGAUCAGGCAUGGAAGUCAACACUGGUUAGUCUCGUGAUAAAGAUUUCAAUUCAAGAUUUGAACCACAGCAUUUCGUUUUUAUCAAUUAUGCCGCUUUCUACGGAAAUUUUUGCAGUUCCAGAAAUGCGUGAAACAACCUGAAGGGUUGCCAUUUUUUUCCCCUUGGCCUCUUUGUGUUCAUUCGCAUACUUAAUAUGCAAAUCCGUUCUUUUGUUGUCAUUUAUUGAAUAUGCGCCGCGUGGUUAUAAAACAAACAAAUACAAAGCUUCGAGCAGAUCAGCGACUACUCUUCACAGAAUCUUUCGCUUAGUCGCCGGUUUAGAAUGAAACAUGGCUUCGCCAGUGAGUAAUAUCGACCACAUUUUCAGUAAAGAGGCAAACUGUCCUAUUUGUUUGGAGGAGUAUGUUGAACCAAAGGUUUUACCUUGCCUUCACAACAUUUGUAAGAAAUGUCUGAAAGAACUGCUACAUCACCAUACGCUGAGUUUUCGCUGUCCAAUCUGUCGUGCUGUUUGUCCGAUUCCUGACCGCGGAGUUGAUGGUUUUCCAACAAAUGAUUAUUUAGCGCGUUUAAUUCGAGAUUCGCCAGCCAAGAAAGUUAUUCAAGAGAUCAGGAAAGCAAUGAAAGACUGCAGUGAAAAACUUGUAAUCGUGCGGAAAAUCUAUGAGGAGGCUCGCACCGAUAUGGAACAACAAGGAGAACUAAUCAAGCGCAAGAUUCGCGAAGAUUUUGAGAAUCUCGUCGAAGUUCUGCGAAAGCAAGAAGAAGCCUUGUGCGCUGAAGUCGAUAAUUUAGUCGAGAAAGAAGAGAAGAAACAUCCGGCGUGUUUUCUCACCUUGCAAACAGAGACGUUAUUGACUCAUAUCGAGGGUUCCUUGAAAUUACGAGAUGCGUUAGACGUAGCAAACGAUAAAGAGCAUUUGUUAAACAGAAUCAGAGAUGCAAAUGUAGCGUGUACCAAGUUGAGCCAUUUGCAUUCCGCCGCUGAGACAGAAAAGACGAAAAAUUCGUUCGAAUUUAUGGGAAACAAAGAAGUUCUUCAGUGUGUUAGUGGAAACAUGUUUGGAAGUGUAGGCUUGAAGGGACAAUUAACAUCUUCAAACACGUUAAUCAGUUCACCUGACUCGGAUGACUUGGGGAGCCUAGAGGUUCUUAAACCUGGCACAAGGUUUCAUUCUCUUAAUAUACCACAGCCCUUGAAACGAAAGUUCCAGCCAUUUGCAGUGGCAAUAAACGAUGAAGGUCAUAUCGCACUUAGUGAUCAAGGAAAUCACGCUGUGUUAAUAUACAGCAAACAAGGAGAAUUUGUGGCUUGUGUUGGUAGACGGGGAUCAAAAGACGGAAACCUUGAGUCGCCAACUGGUGUAACAUUUCUAACCAGGCAUUUGAUCGCCGUUGCUGAUGGGUGUUUGUUUGGUAAUCCAGCGCGGAUUCAAGUAUUUGAUAGCUCGGGUAGAUUCACACGCUGUCUCGUUAAAUUGACUUCUAACUCUCAUUGGUUCACGCGCCUCACUACCGUGAAUGAAGAGCAAAUUUUGGUCACGUGCACACCUGUACUGCAGGGUCACGAGUCAUGUAUUAAGGUGUUCAACACCAGCGGAGAGGAACUCCUUUGUUUUGGGACAAGCCUCUCAGGAAAACUACUGUAUCCUUCAAAAGCUGUUGCACUCAACAACGAGUUUUUCGUGUCAGAUGUUGACAAGAAGAACAAUCGUUGCAUGGUAAGUGUUUUUGACCACGAAGGCAAGUACCUGAGGGCAUUUGGUGAAUGUAUGCUGAAAAAAGAUCCAAACGAACGCGCCUUCUAUCCGCUUGUGAUUGCAUUAGAUGCAGCAGAUAGCAAAGUGCUUGCAUACAGUGGGCUGUACAAGCUGGUUCGUUGUUAUAUGCCUAAUGGUUCUUUGGAGUCUUACUACAGUACACUGUCUGGAAUCACGGACAUGGCUGUUACUGAUGAUGGCAGAGUGUUUGUGGUUUGUGGAGGAAGUGGUGAAUUCCCUCACAGUGUUCAGCUUAUAUUCCAUUACUAAAGACAAGUGUGAAGCGCAAAUGAUGUUGUUGCUUGUGUAAAGGAAUUUACUUCACACAUUUCGCCUUUUAUUUUCAAUUUUUGGUUUUCCUGAUAACCUUUUAACAUCCUAUGCCUUUUGAGUGGUAUCUGUGAAUACCAAGCGUACACGUACAGAAAAGCGGAUAAUUUUUUUUUCUAUCAAAUAAAAACUUGCUCACGAAGAGAUUUUAGCAAAAGGGACUAAAGAGCAAGUGUGGUUACGACUUAAACGCAUUUUUAACUUGAACCGCUGAAAUGAUUAGUUUUGAUUUGAGUAAACACGAGUGUAAGAAAUCCUGCAUUUUUUCUUUUUAAGCCUAUAAGGUUGCUUAUCCAUUCAAUAUUUGGAUGUUUAACAAAACUGCAUUCUGAUCCAUCUUCACUUGAGCUAUAGGGUUCAACUAUAAGUUGAUGCUAGGAAAAGUUUCAAGAAGGCUUACGACUAACAGUGGAUUUACAUUCAUUUCAUGCAAAUCACUCAAAACGAUAUCUCAAGGUCCACUGAGUGUCUGUAAUUGAGGCCUAAGUAGCGUACUUGUUGAAUAUCCGGCUCUUAUGUAUGUACGUUUCAGAUUCCAGUUACUUUAUUAAGUUCGGCAAAAACAUUCAGUUAAUUUGAAGAUAUUUUUCAGUUAUAUUAUGAGCUCGAGAUUUCUAUACUUAUGGUGCGAUUUUUUAUAAGAAGAUAGCGAGUGGGUUAGCCAAUCGGAUUGCAGAAUAUAUGAUAGAACGCUUGUAGAUUUAUACUAAAUCAGUUGAUGUAUUUGACAGGAAGGAACUACAUCGACUAGGUUUAUUUAAAGGAUACUUAGCCUAUUUUACAAAAGUUAUCUUUAACGGCCACAUUUGGAGCGUUUUUUUUUUUAAGAUAACCUAUCCAAAACAACUUAAGGGAAUUUUUAUGCAAGGAAAAUAUUUUAUAUUUUGACGAAUCGCUACAGUAAUUGAUAUUAUGUAGGAUUCUAUUACACAUAAUUAUUUAAAAACGUUCUUUUGCAAAUAUUUCAUACAAGAAAACGUGUGUUUUUAACAUUGUAGUAUUUACUGUUUAUCCUGUAUAAAAUGUUGAAAAGCU